CACUCCCCCCACUCCCCCCCCACUCCCCCCCCACUCCCCCCCCACUCCCCCCCCACUCCCCCUCCACUCCCCCCCCACUCCCCCUCCACUCCCCCCCACUCCCCCUCCACUCCCCCCCACUCCCCCCCCACUCCACACACCCCCACUCCCCCCCACUCCCCCCCCACUCCCCCCCCACUCCCCCCCCACUCCCCCCCCACUCCCCCCCCACUCCCUCCCACUCCCCCCCCACUCCACACACCCCCACUCCCCCCCCACUCCCCCCCCACUCCCCCCCCACUCCCCCCCACUCCCCCUCCACUCCCCCCCACUCCCCCCCCACUCCACACACCCCCACUCCCCCCCCACUCCCCCCCCACUCCCCCCCCACUCCCCCCCCCCCACACCCCCCCCACAACCCCACCCCCCAGACCCCUCCCAGACCCCCCCAGACCCCCCCCAGACCCCCCCACACCCCCCCACACCCCCCAGACCCCCCCAGACCCCCCCACCCCCCCCACACCCCCCACCCCCCCCACCCCCCCCACCCCCCCCACACCCCCCACACCCCCCACACCCCCCACACCCCCCACACCCCCCACACCCCCCACAGCCCCCACACCCCCCACACCCCCCACAGCCCCCACAGCCCCCACAGCCCCCCCACCCCCCCGCACCCCCCCCCGCACACCCCCCCGCACACCCCCCUGCAUUGAGGCGCCAAUGGCUGGGCCUCUGAUUAAUGCCCUAGUGUCUCUGAGUGGGGACAUCUCUGACCAUGCUGUAGUGCCCGAGGAGGGAGGGAGCGAGUUAUCCGACCAACUCCCCUCCCCCCUCCCCGACUCGUCAGGCUGUUCACCCCCGCCCCGGGGUCAGCGAGCGAACCCCCCCCCCCCCCCGGCCCGGAAUGAGCCCGUCUCUGCUUGGAUACGCGGCCCCGGAACCGUACGCGGGGGGCCUCCCAUCUGCUGCUGCGGCCUGGCUCGGGCCUCGCGUAGCAAAACCUCCCCUUUCCUGUGUAACUCCAAUCCCGUUCGGAAUAGAGGCCAGCGUUCCGGGUUCUACCGCGCACCCCCCCCCACCCCACCACCCCACCGGAACCCGGAUACUGGGUUUUCUAAAGUUCGUUCGCGGGAUGACGGGGCAUCCCUGGCAUUUAUAGCCCAUCCCUAA